AUGGGGUCUAUCUUUUCAACUAGUAUGAUUCGACUUAACGCUAUCGACAGACGAAAGCGAUACAAGAUGUUGUCCAUUCUCAGUAUUAUAAUAGUAGUUACGAUCGUGGUGGGAAACAUCGGGCCAGUUCACCUCCGUUCACUUAGGUACCUGGGAUUCGCUUUAAUUUUCCCGGCAUUGAUGGUUUUGGUAAGUUUAUCACAGAGAACUCACACUCCGGCUUCUGGCUCAAACAACGAUAAUGCAACUCGAGCGACUACGACACAAGUGCAACCAACACAACCAUUGCCAAAAACUGAAGCAGCAAGUAUACCACCAAUCCACCCCCCUGGGGCUGGAUCGCAAGGAAAUCCAAAUAAUCCAUAUCCACCUCAAAAUUAUUCUAUGUAUCCUCCAAGCGUUGGUUCAACUCAAGGACAAUUCUCCUAUCCACCAUACCCCCCUGUGGUUGAUCCACAAGGGCCCAAUCCUCCCCCUUAUCCGGAAUUCAAUCCGGCAUAUCCGCCACAGCAACAGAUGUAUCCCCCUGGAAACUUAGAAGGUGCUCAAGCUGGAGCUGUGCCAUAUCCUGAUCAAAACAAUGAACCAAUACCACCCCCACCGUCAUACGAUGAGGCAACUAAGAGCACGCAAUAA